AUGGCACUUAUGACAUGUGUUGAAGUUGGCACUGAAGCUGAAAUUUGCUUGGAUACAAUGCACAUCACUGAAGUUCCAUACCCUCUAAGCACUGAUGGCAGCUGUGGAAACUCUCUCUACAGAGUCUACUGCAACAAUGGCGUUCUUGAGUUCUUGUCAGGAGGAGAAUUUUACUACAAAAUCCUCAGCAUUAACCCGAGUGCUUAUAAGCUUGUUAUAAGCCCACCGCCAAUAAAGAAAGACACGUGUUAUUCUUCUGAUUUUGCUUCUGGGGGAUUAAAGCUGGACGAGAGCUUGCCCUUCAACGUUUCUACUCACAACACUGUCUUGCUGCUGAACUGCACCGACAACAUUCUCAAUUCUCCUCUCAACUGUUCUGCAAAUGCAAGCAGCUUUUGCAGGCUGUACGAGGAGGAGGUGGAGGAGGCAAGUGGGUGUAGAAACACCCUUUGCUGCCAUUACUUGAAGGAUUCUGCCAUGUUUUCACAUAUGAUUAGGGUGAGGGCUGGAAGCUGCAGUGCUUAUACCUCUGUGGUGGAUCUGAAGCUUGGAGCCCAUUUGGAUUCUUGGAACUAUGGCAUUGAGCAACAAUGGGUGCCCCCCCAACUAAGUUUUGGUUGUUGGGCGAGUCAUGCUAUUCAAUAG